CAGUAUAAAUACACUCUCAGAGGCACUUUUUUCUCUAUCAUUAUCAAUGACAAUAGCAGAGCAGAAGCCGGAGGAAGAGAUGUGCCGGACGAUCGAAGUAGUCUCCUCCGCCAACGUCUCCGCCUUUAACCACCGCGACUUGGCGGUUGAUGCCGCCGCCGAUGAAUUUUACGGAGAAGAGCCCUACAUACCGCCUCUCAACUUCUCCAUGGUCGACAACGGCAUUUUCCGCUCCGGCUUCCCCGAGUCCGCCAACUUCUCCUUCCUCCAAACCUUAGGCCUCCGCUCCAUCAUAUGUCUGUGUCCAGAGCCGUAUCCGGAGGCGAACAUGGAGUUUCUCAAGUCCAACGGGAUCAAGCUCUUUCAAUUCGGGAUUGAAGGAUAUAAGCAUUUUUCGGAUCAUGUACUCAGGACUCAAAACUUUUACAUUUUUCUGGAGCCAUUUGUGAAUAUCCCGGAAGAUACAAUUCGUGAAGCACUAAACGUUGUCCUUGAUGUAAGGAAUCACCCAGUUUUAAUUCAUUGUAAACGAGGGAAGCAUCGAACCGGUUGUCUUGUGGGAUGCUUGAGAAAAUUGCAAAGGUGGUGCCUGACAUCUGUUUUUGAUGAGUACCAGCGGUUUGCAGCUGCUAAAGCUAGAGUUUCAGAUCAAAGGUUUAUGGAGUUGUUUGAUGUCUCUAGCUUGAAGCAUCUGCCAAUGUCAUUUUCAUGCUCAAGGAGGUAAACAACCAAGUUCUAUCGAACGGCCUUUCCGUUAUUUAAUGGAAGAGAAUCCUUUAGGUCCUACUUUGAGAAUAAAUAGGAAAAGGUGAUGAGUUCCGGGAAUGCAUUUUAGCUGCGAAGGAAUAAUUCUUCUUUUUUCCUCAUUGGGAAUAAAAAGAAUAUAUAUAUAUAUAUAUAUAUAUAUAUAGUGUGUCCUGUUUGGAGUGUUACAAACUCGCCCUAUACCUCUUUUUCUCUCUCUCUCUCUCUCUCUGAUAUGUCCGGGGUCGAAAAUUUUAGUUAGCUUGGUUUAGAGGUCUUAAGUUGAUGCUGAAAGGGUUUUUAGUGGAAACAUUCAAGAUUGCAACUCCUCUCUUCCACUCCAGCUGUUCCUGUCAAUGAUUAUAAUGGAAGGCAAGGCAGCUAGAAAGAUUUUGAUCUACCCAUGAAUCUUUGUUGUUGGGUAGUCAAGUAUAGAUUCAGAAAAAUAUAUUUACUCGUAGAAUAGUUAUCUUGGUAUCUUUAUGAUGUACUUUGAUCAACAUAUAUAGUAUGAUUUAAUAAACAAUGGAAUCCUUCUA